UAUGUAAUGCCUUUCCUCACUCCACGUGUAAUUGUUUGGGGAAAUAUGGCGGCUGCCGCUACUGAGAUUGAAGCAGUCGCUCCGAAAAAGCGAAAUGCGCGAGGUCCGAGAAGAGUGGCCAAUCAGAUUCCUGAAGAGAUUCUCAAAGAUCCAGAGCUCAACGAAGCAAUCAAGAUUUUACCAGCCAACUACAAUUUUGAGAUCCACAAAACAAUAUGGCGUGUGAGACAAGCCAAAGCGAAGAGGGUGGCCUUGCAGUUACCUGAAGGUCUGCAGAUGUUUGCCUGUGUGAUCGCUGACAUCAUUGAAAGAUUCACAGAUGCGGACACUCUGGUGAUGGGAGACGUGACAUAUGGGGCCUGCUGUGUGGAUGACUUCACCGCCCGGGCUUUGGGAGCUGACUUCAUGGUGCAUUAUGGGCACAGUUGUCUCAUCCCCAUAGACUCCACAGAGGGAAUCAAGAUGCUGUAUGUGUUUGUUGACAUCCAGAUUGACACUGCACACUUUUUGGACUCGCUCAGGUUCAACUUUACCCCGGGCCAAUCGCUCGCCCUCGUCAGCACCAUCCAGUUCGUUGCUGCCUUGCAGGCAGCCAGUGUGAACCUGAAGCCAGAUUACGAGGUGCUGGUACCUCAGUGUCGCCCACUCUCUCCUGGGGAGAUCCUUGGGUGUACCUCGCCUCAUCUGGAGAAGCACGUUAAUGCCAUCAUAUAUCUUGGCGAUGGAAGGUUUCACUUAGAAUCCAUCAUGAUCGCCAACCCAGAGAUUCCUGCAUACAGGUAUGACCCAUAUAGUAAAGUGUUUUCUCGAGAAUAUUAUGACCACGAGUCCAUGAGGGCCAUCAGAUUGCAGGCCAUAAAGCGAGCCCGCUCCGCCCAGAGAUGGGGCCUCAUCCUGGGCACUCUCGGUCGCCAGGGCAACCCUAAAAUCUUGGAGCAUUUGGAGUCUCGCUUAAAGUCUGUGGGCCGCUCGUGCACUCGAGUGCUUCUGUCUGAAAUCUUUCCCAGCAAGCUGGAGCUUUUCGCGGACGUGGACGCGUGGGUCCAGAUAGCUUGUCCCCGCCUUUCCAUCGACUGGGGAACGGCUUUCUCCAAACCCCUGCUGUCUCCAUAUGAGGCGGCAGUCGCGCUGCAGCAGGUGGAAUGGCAGGAGGUGUAUCCUAUGGAUUUUUAUUCCAAUCAAAGCCUGGGGUCUUGGACUCCAAAUCACACGGACAACCAACCACAACGACCUGUGCGCAAAACAGCACAGAAGCCAAGUUCAGAUGCAGGUCAGCAGAUGAAAGGAUGUGGCCGUGAGCAGAGCGCCUCCUGUGGCUGCCAGGCGGAAUAAACUCAGCCCUUCACACCAGCAAUCUGCCAGCCAACCACAGAUCAUCGUGGACAUCUGCAGGAGACAAGCAGGCCAAUCAAUCUUCAGCUCUGUUUUUUCACUAUGGAUGAAAGAGGCGGCUGUACCCACAAGGGUCUGUCUUGGUUUAAAAUAGAAAAAUGUGUGAGAGAGAGAGACAGACACAUUUAUUUAAGAAAAAUAAUGUGAGUGUGCUGUAACUAAGUGUGAGGAACUCACAGACAAUCCGUUGAAAGAAGGGCUGAGCCUGAAUGUGGAGGUUUUCAUCUUGCACAAUGUGGGUGGCUUUAGUUAAAUGCAAUCAUCUUGGCCCUCGUUUAGAAAGAAGCUGCCAGCCACUCUUCAUCAGUGACCUUUUGAAAGUAACUUUGGGGGACGAGAGCAUGUUCAGAAUUAUUCCUCUGCAGUGAAAGAUAAAACCCAUUCAAAGCUCUGGCUUUUGUGUUUCUCAUUCUGCCAUCACAAGUGCUCCGACGGAAAGGAACUUUAGUGUCACGCUUCGAAUGUUGUGCGCGUGACACAAUUUUGGUUAAAUGCAAAAUAAACAGUUUACAGUUGA